AAAUUAAAAAUUAAAGAAAAAAACAGAUAACAAUCGUGGAAAACACAGCGCCGGAAGAAUCGGAUUAAUCUGCGAGGUGCGAGCUGCAAGUUCGAACAGAAGCAGAACCGAGCUAUGUCACUUCUCUUCACUUCAUCUCCUCUUCCACGUCCAUGCACUCAUGAAUGUAGGUUUUUAUCACCAUCAUCAUUUUCACGAGGCCCAAUCACCAGAAGCAGCAAUUCCCUUCGAGUUGCUAAUCGGAGGCGAAUUACUGCGUUUUUCUUCAAUCCUGCACAAGACCCUAUCAUAAAAGAAGUUUUCAAGGAACCAGUGGCAUUCUUAGGUGGCGUGUUUGCAGGUAUUUUAAGGCUUGAUUUGAACGAGGAGCCUCUCAAGGAAUGGGUUACGAGGACCGUUGAAGCUUCUGACAUCAGUGUGGAAGAAACUAAUACAGAAGGGUCAACUACUGGGUCAACUACUGGGUCAACUGCUGAAGCUGCUCCGCAAGAGAUUGAAAUUGAAUAAAACUUAUACUUUUUUAUUGUAAAACCUGCAUAGCAUCAAAAUGCCAACAGCACAGUAACAAUUUGUUUAAUUGAUUAUAAAUUAUAAUCUUCUAAGCACAACAAUAGUAAUUCACCAACAUACUGCAGUGUCUUCUUGUACAAUGUGUGACACGCAUCCUUAAUGUGCAAGUAAAGUUUCCUUAA